AUGCUGGAAAGGGAGGGCGGUUCAGAAGGGCGGACUGGCGCGGCGCGCGGGGCGGAGCGGUGCUGCCCCGCGGGCAGCGCCGUUGCUCCUCAUCUCGCUCACAGAGGGCGCCUUAACCACCUCAGCUCGCCUCGCCUCAUCCUUCCGCCGCCGUCUCGCCUCAGCCGCCUCUGCACGGCGGGUAUGGCAUCGGAGGACGAGGCGGAGCUGAGCCUGUUGGAAUGUCGGGUGUGCUUCGAGCGGUACGGCCCCGGUGGGCAGCGGAGGCCGCGGAACCUGCCCUGCGGGCAUGUCCUGUGCCAGGGCUGCGUGUGGGCUCUGGGAGGCCCCGAGAGCCGGCGGCUGGAGUGCCCCUUCUGCCGGCGGGCCUGCGGCUCCUCCGAGACCAGCGACUGCCUGCCGCUGCUGCAGCUGUUGGAGGUCCUGGGCCCCGAGUGCAGCAGCGUCUCCUUGGCCUUGGGGAGGAGAGCUGGAAGGGCGGCCGGGCCGGCUGCCGCGGGCCUCGGGCUGCGGCUGACACUGGGAGGCUGGGGGUCGCUUGUCAACCCCACGGGGGUGGCGGCCUGCCAGAGGUCGGGGCGCCUGGCAGUGGCACACGAUGGCAAGAAGAGGAUCCACGUCCUAAGCCCGAGCGGAUCCUGUCUGCAGCGGUUUGGGGAGCGGGGGGAUGCGGGCAACGAUAUCAAGUACCCGCUCGAUGUGACGAUCACGUCGGACGGGCAUGUGGUGGUCACCGAUGGUGGGGACCACUCUGUGAAGGCUUUUGAUUUUGAGGGAAGGGGGGUCCUGGCUGUCCGGGAAGGUUUCUCGUUGCCCUGGGGUUUGGAUGCCACCCCUGAGAGCGAAGUAAUCCUGACCGACUCGGAGGCAGGGGCUCUCUACCGCUUGACGGCUGACUUCAAGAAGGGGAAAUUAAAGAAGUGUCAGAUGAUCCGAUCUCAGCUGAUCAGUCCAAGAGGGGUUGCAGUCUCCCAGACCUCAGGUGCUGUGGUGGUAAUAGAGCACCUGAAAGCUCAAGGACUGAACAACAGCAGCACCCGAGUGAAGAUAUUCAGUGCAGACAUGGAUCUCAUUGGCCAAAUGGAUAACUUUGGUCUGAGCCUUGUUUUCCCCUCCAAAAUAUAUGCUACAGCAGUGACAUUUGACAAAGAGGGUCAUAUUAUAGUAACAGAUGUCUGUAGCCAGGCCAUAAUAUGCUUAGGGAAACCUGAGGAGUUUCCCAUCUUUAACCCUCUAAUUAGCCAUGGGCUUUCUUAUCCCAUGGGACUGACUUACAUGGCAAACAAUUCCCUCAUCGUUUUAGACAGUGGGGAUCAUUCAAUAAAAAUAUAUAGCUCCACCUGA